AUGGAGGUUUUGACUCUGAAGCAGUCGCUUCUUGGAUGGGUGUUCAGAAGGCUCAGCACGAUUCGGGUAAGCGAGUACGACAUGCGGCCAUCGCACUUCAGGUUUUCGGAGCACCAUUUGCUAAUACCAGGGAUCCUGCAUCUUGCCAGCGAGCUGCUGCUUGGGGACACUCUGGAGAAAACUCAGAUUUUCAGGGUGAACAGCACGAGACAGAAAAUAAUAGACCUGAUGGAGCUGCUCAGGAGGAUAUCGGCCUCGGAGCUUUCAAAGCAGCAGGGGAUGACCAGGCUCAGGGCAGCCUUUGAUGUUAUUGACAUCGCGGCAGUUUACAAGUUUCUUUUCAGCACAUUUGAGGACCCAGUGAUUCCCCGGCAGAUGAUCGACAUAGCGAUUAAAAUAGAGCAGAUCCAAGACGAGGAUGACAAGAUGGCGUGUACCAAGGCAUUUAUUUGGAGCCUCCCGUACACAAACCGGAAAAUACUGGAGAACUGUGUUUAUGUGUGCGCAAAGACUACGAGUAAGUUAAAAAAGUUGGACUCAAGCAAAAAGCUAAGUCUGCCAGGACUGGCUGUUAUCAUGAUGCCAAAUCUGAUCAAGCCACACCUCAAUGAGCCGAACUGGAUGGGCAUAAAGCAUCUGUCGAAUUUUGUGUGCUAUAUCUUUGAGCAUUUUAAGGAACUGAUCAAGGUUUGA